AGGCACAGUAGAGGAGCCUUGAAAGACUCUCAAGUGGAGGGAAACUUGGAGGCCUGAAUUGCUGAGGGAAAGCUAAGAUGGACCUCAUCCCCAACCUUUCUAUAGAAACCUGGGUACUGCUGGCUACCAGCCUGGUGCUCUUCUACAUAUAUGGGACCUAUUCUCAUGGCCUGUUUAAGAAACUAGGAAUUCCUGGACCAAAACCUCUGCCUUUAUUUGGCACCAUUUUCAACUAUGUUGAUGGCAUGUGGAAAUUUGACGAUGAUUGCUAUAAAAAGUAUGGAAAAAUAUGGGGGUUUUAUGAUGGUCCACAGCCUAUGUUGGCUAUUAUGGAUCCAGAGCUCAUCAAAUUGGUGCUGGUGAAAGAAUGUUACUCAGUCUUCACAAACCGCCGGCCUUUUGGGCCAGUGGGAUUUAUGAAAAAGGCCAUUACCAUAUCUGAGAAUGAAGAAUGGAAAAGACUUCGAACACUCCUGUCUCCAACCUUCACCAGUGGCAAACUCAAGGAGAUGUUCCCCAUCAUGAGGCAGUAUGGAGAUAUAUUGGUGAGAAACUUGAGACAAGAAGAAAAGAAAGGGGAGCCCAUCAACACAAAAGACAUAUUUGGAGCUUAUAGCAUGGAUGUGAUCACUGGCACAUCAUUUGGAGUGAACGUUGAUUCCCUUAACAAUCCACAGGACCCCUUUGUGCAGAAAGCCAAGAAGAUCUUAAAAUUUAAGUUUUUUGAUCCAUUCCUUCUCUCUAUAGUUCUGUUUCCAUUUCUUACUCCAGUAUAUGAGAUCUUAAAUCUUUCCAUUUUUCCAAGACAAUCGAUGAACUUUUUCAAAAAAUUUGUAAAAAAGAUGAAGAAAGAUCGCCUUGAUUCAAACCAGAAGAACCGAGUGGAUUUUCUUCAACUGAUGAUGAAUACUCAGAACUCCAAAGGCCAAGAGUCCCAGAAAGCUCUUUCUGAUCUAGAAAUGGCAGCACAAAGUGUUAUUUUUAUUUUUGGGGGCUAUGAUGCCACAAGCACCUCCAUUUCCUUCAUAAUGUAUGAACUGGCCACUCGCCCUGAUGUGCAAAAGAAACUUCAGGAUGAGAUUGACAGAGCUCUGCCCAAUAAGGCACCUGUCACCUAUGAUGCCCUGAUGGACAUGGAGUACCUGGACAUGGUGGUGAAUGAAAGUCUAAGAUUGUACCCAAUUGCUACCAGACUAGAGAGAGUCUCAAAAAAAGAUGUGGACAUCAAUGGAGUGUUCAUUCCCAAAGGGAUUGUAGUUGUAAUACCAAUUUAUCCUCUUCAUCGGAAUCCUGAGUACUGGCCAGACCCUGAGGAAUUCCACCCUGAAAGGUUCAGCAAAGAAAACAAGAGUAACAUUAAUCCGUAUAUAUACCUGCCCUUUGGGAAUGGACCCAGGAACUGCCUUGGCAUGAGGUUUGCUCUCAUCAGCAUGAAACUUGCUGUCAUAGGAGUCCUGCAGAACUUCACUGUCCAGCCUUGUGAGGAGACACAGAUCCCCCUGAAGAUUAGCAGGCAACCUAUUUUCCAACCAGAAAAACCCAUCAUCCUAAAAGUUGUUUCAAGAAAUAAACCCAGAACUGGACCAUGAAUUUCCCUCAGGAACAAUGUUAUAUUCUUCAAGGAGACUGUUUCACAGAACACCAGAGAAUUUAAUGAACCUUAGAAUAAGACCAACAUAAUAUGUGCUUAAUCAGCUUUCCCUGAUGACUGAGUAUUCAGAAAUUCAUUGAACAUGGUCAGUGGCUCAGCAGUGUAUCAUCUAUUGUGUGAUUCAAAGGAAAUUAUUAACUCAAUAGUAGAUGCUGAGGCUCAUCUUCUGAAUCUUGUGGGACCAGCUUCACUCAUUCAAGUAAAUUCCAUCAAUUCUCAAUUCUAACUGCAGUAACUAUUUCUCUGUAGUUUUAUCAAUAGAAGCCAUUGUAAUGGCUGUUAAUAAAUGUGUAUCAAAUUUUCACUUUGUAAAAAUAUAUGACAUUAAGAAUAUGAAUAAAUGUAUCUUU